CCUUCCCUCCCGCUAUUUAUCUUGCGGCCCCGCUGCUUAGCAGCUCCCUUCGCCAUCCCAACCACCAUGGCGGCCAGUUCGUCCACACAUUCCCCGGACAUCAACGAGAAGCAGUCCGCCCCCUCUCAGGCGGAGGAGCCCGCCGUUAACCAACCCGCUCCCACCAAGAAGGGCUUCUUCAAGCGGAAGAGUGCAAAGGUCGAAGAUGAUGCCUCGCUCGCAGAAAAGGAGUCCCAGGACGCCGUCGUCCCUGCUGCUGCUCCCCCGGCAGGAAACCAGCUCCAGCCCGUCUCAUUCCUAGAACUCUUCAGGUUCUCAACACGGAGAGAAAUUGCUUUGGACAUUCUGGGGUUGUUUGCAGCAGCGUGUGCCGGUGCUGCUCAGCCUCUCAUGAGUUUGCUCUUCGGUCGUCUCACCCAGGAUUUCGUGACCUUCGGUACCACCCUCAAGGAAGCCCAGGAUCCUUCAAAUCCCGACCUUCAGGCUUCGGCAGCGGCCUCACUUCCUGGCUCCGCAGCUGCGUUCAAAACUUCGGCCGCCCUCAAUGCUUCCUACCUCGUUUACAUCGGUAUCGGCAUGUUCGUUUGCACUUACACUUACAUGGUUAUUUGGGUCUACACCGGUGAGGUGAACGCCAAGCGGAUCCGCGAGCGCUAUCUCCGGGCUAUCCUCCGUCAAGAUAUUGCGUAUUUCGACAACGUUGGAGCCGGCGAAGUGGCUACGCGUAUUCAGACCGACACUCACCUGGUGCAACAGGGCAUCUCUGAGAAGGUUGCGCUUUGCGUCAACUUCCUCGCUGCCUUCGUUACGGGUUUCGUACUUGCUUAUGUCCGCUCCUGGCGCCUUGCCCUCGCGAUGUCGUCCAUCCUUCCCUGCAUCGCCAUCGCUGGUGGAGUCAUGAACAAGUUCAUCUCGGCAUACAUGCAAAUCUCCCUUCAGCACGUCGCCGAGGGUGGUAGUUUGGCCGAAGAGGUCAUCUCGACCGUCCGUACCGCGCAGGCAUUCGGCACUCAGCGUAUCCUCGCGGACCUGUACGACGUGCGUGUAGACAAGAGCCGUGCAGUCGACCUCAAGGCUGCGGUCUGGCAUGGCGCCGGUCUCUCGUUCUUCUUCUUCGUCAUCUACGGCGCGUACGGCCUUGCCUUCAACUUUGGUACAACGCUCAUUAAUGAGGGACACGCAAACCCUGGACAAAUCGUUAACGUAAUCUUCGCGAUCCUUAUCGGUUCCUUCUCUCUCGCUUUGCUUGCCCCCGAAAUGCAAGCCGUCACUCAGGCUCGCGGUGCUGCUGCCAAGCUCUACGAAACCAUCGACCGCGUUCCUCUCAUCGACUCCGCUUCAACCGAGGGCCUGAAACCUGAGAAGUGCGUCGGCGAGAUCACGCUCGAGAACAUCGACUUCAACUACCCCUCCCGCCCGGGUGUUCCCAUUGUCAAGGACCUGUCUAUCACCUUCCCCGCCGGUAAGACUACUGCGCUCGUCGGCGCGUCUGGGUCCGGAAAGUCCACCGUCAUCUCCCUUGUCGAGCGGUUCUAUGAUCCUCUCCAGGGUGUGGUCAAGCUCGAUGGCACUGACCUCAAGACGCUCAACGUCAAGUGGCUCCGCUCGCAGAUCGGCCUUGUCUCACAGGAGCCCACUCUCUUCGCGACCACAAUCGCGGGGAACGUCGCCCACGGUCUCAUUAGCACACCCUUCGAACACGCUUCUGAGGAAGAGAAGAUGAAGCUUAUCAAGGAAGCAUGUGUGAAGGCGAACGCGGACGGUUUCAUUAGCAAGCUCCCUCUCGGCUACGACACCUUGGUCGGUGAGCGCGGCUUCCUUCUCUCUGGUGGUCAGAAGCAGCGUAUCGCGAUCGCCCGUGCGAUCGUCUCGGACCCCCGCAUCCUUCUCCUCGACGAAGCGACGUCCGCUCUGGACACGCAGAGCGAGGGUAUCGUGCAGAACGCGCUCGACAAGGCCGCAGCCGGCCGCACCACGAUCACGAUCGCGCAUCGUCUCUCGACGAUCAAGGACGCGGACUGCAUCUACGUCAUGGGCAACGGUGUCAUUCUCGAGCACGGCACCCACAACGAGCUGCUUCAGGACGAGAACGGCCCAUACGCGCGCCUCGUGCAGGCACAGAAGCUCCGGGACGCACGGGAGAAGCAGAUCUCCGACGACGACAGCGACACCGCCGCUUCGGCCGAGAACGAGAAGGAGGACAUGGAGAGGCAGGCCGCCGAGGAGGUGCCCCUGCAGCGCCAGAAGUCCGGCCGCUCGCUCGCCAGCGAGAUCCUCGAGCAGCGCCAGGCAGGCGAGAGCAAGGGCAAGGACUACUCCAUCCCCGAGAUCUUCAAGCGCAUGGGCCGCAUCAACCGCGACGCGUGGAGGCAGUACAUCUUUGGCCUCGUCGCCGCGGUCGCGAACGGCGCGACCUACCCCUGCUACGGUAUCAUCUUCGCGAAGGGCAUUAACGGCUUCUCGGACACGACGAACGCACAACGGCGGUUCGACGGCGACCGGAACGCUCUCUGGUUCUUCAUCAUCGCGAUUCUCUCGAUGUUCGCUGUCGGCUUCCAGAACUACCUCUUCGCGAGCUCCGCCGCGGAGCUCACGUCACGCCUGCGCUCGCUCUCCUUCCGCGCCAUCCUCCGCCAGGACAUCGAGUUCUUCGACAAGGAGGAGAACAACACCGGUCAGCUCACGUCCACGCUCAGCGACAACCCGCAGAAGAUCAACGGCCUCGCGGGUAUCACGCUCGGCGCUAUCGUGCAGAGUGUCUCCACGCUCAUCAUCGGCUCCAUCCUCGGGCUCUCGUUCAACUGGCAGCUCGGCAUCGUCGGUAUUGCGUGUACGCCCGUGCUCGUGUCCGCUGGUUAUAUCCGUCUCCGCGUCGUCGUGCUCAAGGACGAGUCCAACAAGAAGGCACACGAAGCGUCCGCACAGCUCGCUUGCGAGGCCGCGGGUGCCAUCCGCACCGUCGCGUCGCUCACGCGUGAGGAUGACUGCUGCAGGCUCUACAGCGAGUCGCUCGAGGAGCCGCUCCGCCGCUCGAACCGCACUGCCAUCUACAGUAACGGCAUCUUCUCGCUCUCGCAGUCCAUGUCCUUCUGGGUCAUUGCCCUCGUCUUCUGGUACGGCUCGAUUCUCGUUGCGGACCUCAAGCGCUCCACGUUCCAGUUCUUCAUCGGUCUCAUGUCCACAACGUUCUCCGCCAUCCAGGCCGGCAACGUGUUCUCGUUUGUGCCCGACAUGUCGUCGGCGAAGAGCGCGGCCGCGGACGUCCUGAAGCUGCUGGACUCGAAGCCCGAGAUCGACGCCGAGUCCCCCGAGGGCGACGUCCCCACGAACGUCCAGGGCCGCAUCCGCUUCGAGAACGUGCACUUCCGCUACCCGACGCGCGCCGGCGUCCGUGUCCUCCGCGACCUCAACCUCUCCGUCGAGCCCGGCACCUACGUUGCGCUCGUCGGCGCGAGUGGCUGCGGUAAGAGUACCACGAUCCAGCUUAUCGAGCGUUUCUACGACCCCCUCGCUGGUACCGUCUACCUUGACGAGCAACCGAUCACGAAGUACAACGUCGCCGAGUACCGCAAGCACAUCGCGCUGGUGUCCCAGGAGCCAACGCUGUACGCCGGUACUGUCCGCUUCAACAUUCUUCUUGGUGCUGUCAAGCCCCGGGAAGAGGUCACCCAGGAAGAGAUCGAGACUGCCUGUCGGAACGCGAACAUUCUUGAGUUCAUCCAGUCGCUUCCCGAUGGGUUCGACACGGAAGUCGGUGGCAAGGGCUCCCAGCUCUCCGGCGGUCAGAAGCAGCGUAUCGCGAUCGCCCGUGCGCUUCUCCGGAACCCGAAGGUGCUCCUGCUCGACGAAGCGACGUCUGCGCUCGAUUCGAACUCCGAGAAGGUCGUGCAAGAAGCGUUGGAUCAGGCCGCGAAGGGCCGCACCACGAUCGCGAUUGCACACCGUCUCUCGACGAUCCAGAACGCGAACUGCAUAUACUUCAUCAAAGACGGCUCGGUCGCCGAGUCCGGCACGCACGACGAGUUGCUCGCGCUCCGCGGUGGCUACUACGAAUACGUACAGCUGCAGGCGCUGAGCAAGAAGUAGACGACGACGACGACGACGAACACGACCUCGGACCCCAUCCAACCCCUUUCUCCCAACCCACGCGCGCCCUGCUACUAGAUCUUGCCGAGUGCCCCGCGCGACACUCACCACCCACACCCAACACGCACCCACACAUGUACGCUUACAUUGUCGCCCAUAAUACCUGCCCGUUCCUGCUUCCCUCCGCCUGCCCCUCCCGCCUGACUCACUCGUCUCCCACUGAUGACGCCUUAUGAUGUCGCCCCCUCUCACGAACACAUUUCUCUUGGGCCUGUCGUACGCAGUUUAGUAGCGCAUUUGCAUUGCGGAGUAAU